CCUCGCUCCCGCGCCGCGCGCCCUCCCUCUCCACCCGCCUGUGCCGCCGCCACGGCAGCCGGCGAAGCAACUUCCGAGCGCCCGCGACCGCCGGACCCCGGCGCCGCCCCCGGCCCAGCGCAUCGCCGGCCGAGGCCAUGGACGAGCUGGCCUGGCUGCUGCCCCCGCUCCUGCUGCUCUGCGCGCAGCACCGAGCCGCCAGGGCAAUGAAUGACAUUGGCGACUAUGUUGGUUCCAACCUGGAGAUAUCUUGGCUCCCUAACCUGGACGGCCUGAUAGAGGGCUACGCUCGCAACUUUCGGCCCGGCAUUGGAGGCCCCCCUGUGAACGUGGCACUCGCCAUCGAGGUGGCCAGCAUUGACCACAUCUCGGAGGUGAACAUGGAGUACACCAUGACCGUGUUCCUGCACCAGAGCUGGCGCGACAGCAGGCUGUCCUACAACCACACCAAUGAGACCCUGGGCUUGGACAGCCGCUUCGUGGACAAGCUGUGGCUCCCGGACACCUUUAUCGUGAACGCCAAGUCCGCCUGGUUCCACGAUGUGACCGUGGAGAACAAGCUCAUCCGGCUGCAGCCUGAUGGGGUGAUUCUCUACAGCAUCCGGAUCACAUCCACGGUGGCCUGCGACAUGGACCUGGCCAAGUAUCCGAUGGACGAACAGGAGUGCAUGCUGCACCUGGAGAGUUAUGGCUACUCAUCUGAGGACAUCGUCUACUACUGGUCCGAGAACCAGGAGCAGAUCCACGGGCUGGACAAGCUGCAGCUGGCCCAGUUCACCAUCACCAGCUACCGCUUCACCACAGAGCUAAUGAACUUCAAGUCGGCUGGCCAGUUCCCCCGGCUCAGCCUGCAUUUCCACCUGCGGAGGAACCGCGGCGUCUACAUCAUCCAGUCCUACAUGCCGUCUGUCCUCCUGGUCGCCAUGUCCUGGGUCUCCUUCUGGAUCAGCCAAGCUGCAGUGCCCGCCAGGGUGUCUCUAGGCAUCACCACAGUGCUGACCAUGACCACACUGAUGGUCAGCGCCCGCUCCUCCCUCCCACGGGCGUCGGCCAUCAAGGCAUUGGACGUGUACUUCUGGAUCUGCUAUGUCUUUGUGUUCGCCGCCCUGGUGGAGUAUGCCUUUGCCCACUUCAAUGCUGACUACCGAAAGAAACAGAAGGCCAAGGUCAAGGUUAAGGAGCAGAGGGCUGAGAUGGACAUGAAGAAUGCCAUUGUGCUCUUCUCCCUCUCCGCUGCGGGCGUUACUCAGGAGCUGGCUGUGUCCCGCCGGCCAUGCCGCAUACCCGGGAACCUCAUGGGCUCCUACAGAUCUGUGGAGGUGGAGACAGGGGAGACAAAGAAGCAGGGGGGCCAGGGCGGCCUCCGUGGGCUUCUCAAGCCCAUUGACGCGGACACCAUUGACAUCUAUGCCCGUGCUGUGUUCCCCGCGGCUUUUGCCGCCGUCAACGUCAUCUACUGGGCCGCAUAUACCAUGUGAGGCCCACGGGGGGUUUCACUGGCCCAGGACCUCCGAGGGAAGAAUCCUGGGCAGCUCUGAGUGUUUCAGAGGAGGCAGGACUACGGGCCAGAUGAGAUGAGAAGAAAGCUUCGGUCUCGCUCAGUGCUCCCAGGCUCUGACCCCACAUUUGCCAGGACCCCGUCUGCAGACACCUCCUGUCCAGCAGCCCAGACGCCUGACCCAGGAGCCAGGCAGGCACGGCCCUGGAAGCUUCACAUCAAUUUGGAGAAGGAUCCUGACUCAGGGACUGGCUCUGUGGGUCUGGACCAGGGAGGGGGAAGAGGCUGGGUGAGGAUGGUGCUCAAGUCUCGCGAGACCGUGGAAAGGGCAUUCCCGGGCCUUGGGUCCCAGCAUGAAAUAAAACAGAGCCUUUGGCCAUCGCUCACACUGUG